ACAAUUUCGAUUAGUGACAGACCACCUCCACAGAAUCUAAUGGGGAGCAGUAUAAACGAUACCAUUUCGAAUAUUUAAAAAUUAUGUGUGAGCUCUGCAUGCACAUGCUGCGCCGCAACGAAAGAGGAUGUGGAGAUGCGGAGUCGUUGCGGCGAUGGCGAUGGUGGGGAGGACUAUCUUCGAGCAAAAGCCUGAAGUAUGGGCUGGAAUCGAAUAGCGCCUGUGCUCGUCAAUCAUACAAAAAAGCGUUAGGCUGAAACGAGCCAAAUGGACCGUAUCGCCCUCCAAUUUCCCGAAUAGCAAUGGCGCUGCGGGCCGCGUUGGCGAUGUCUAUUCUGGGCUUUGUUCGAUACCUCGUUUUGAGGAUGAACGACGAUGGUUGUGCCGAGCGCCGUGUGGAGCUUUGGCGUGGAGGAUUUAGAGGCAUUGGUUAGGCUCAAUUGUGCCAUACCGGAAUUCAAGGAGCUAUUAUAAGCUGUUGAGUUUUACGCAGUGGAGGCUUUGGAGGCUCUUCGACGGUCGUACAAGGACGUUGGACUAUGAAGUUUCAAAAGUAGGGUUCCUUUCUUUUGGCAUGACAUCAACACACUCGAUUCUACUGUUGCAGUGGUGGAAGAUGAUUGAGCUCGAUUUCGAUCCUUGCAGACAGUACACGCAGUAAGGUGGUAUUUAUUCCUACAGCUCGUGUAUCAACUGCCACGAAAAGCCAUGAUUCCUUGGAUAUUUUCGACGAUAUAGUGGCGCUCAACCAUAUGGACUGCGAAGCGUGUUCGGAAACUUGAUUUCUUGUCGAUACUGCAGCAAGAAAGUAAUCUAAGGAACGAUCUAGAUUUGACUCCUUGGGCAUUCUGAUGGUCUAAAACAUUGGAUUGUAGCUAUUUGGAGAUGAAGAUGAUGGCUGAAUAGGGUGUUGGUCCUAAGUGGCAACUUUAUGCCACCUAGUGAAUCUACAUGGUGUGUACGGAUUUUACACGAUUCUCUCUAUAAGAGGCAAUAGUCAGUAUGAGGGACUUCUAUGAUACUGAAUGGUAACAACCUCGCAAACCCACGGUAAAAUGUUUUGCGAGGAUUCACGUGCUCCAACUUCAUCGUAAUGGCCACAGUGGGGGAGCAAACGUUUAGGACUGAGAAGAUGAUGAAACGGGGAUUACUGCCGAGCAAUGUGCUGGAACACCAAAAUUGUGGUCCUAAUUGCAUCUCCUUCCCAGCGUGUUCAGUUGAGGCAAAAUCCACCUGUCAACCCCGUUUUCGGCUCUUGCGCGGAUACGAAGAAUGGGCAGCAAGAAACCACAUUUUGGCAAUCUUCUCUCUUCUUGCCAUAUUCGCCCUGUCAUGCACCUUUAUGUUCGCUGAUUCAAUGAGGAGGUCCACUGAAAUAAUUGAAGAAAUCGAUACUCACUCACUCCCGAAGCUUAGCCUUCCCGAUCAGAAUUCGUGGGCAACCGAAAAUUCUUUGAAAAGGUCUGGAUUACUAAGUGAAGAAGUGGGUGGUUCGGACAGUGAUGGUGUCGCGCAUCCUGUUGGAGGUGAUGGGAAGGUACCCUUUGGAUGCAACGACAAAAGUGCAACUCUGAAGCUUUUCAUGUACGAUCUUCCUCCCGAAUUCCAUUAUGGAAUGCUUGUGGCGCAGACUGACUCUCGUAAACAAACAUGGCCAAAAAAUGUGACAGAUAUACCCCCAUACCUUGGGGGUCUCUACAAGCAGCACAGUCCCGAAUACUGGCUCACCACUGACCUACUCACGUCCAAUAUGGCUGGUCGACAAUCCGCUUGUACAGCAUUCCGAGUAAGUGACUGGAAAGCAGCAGAUUAUAUGUUUGUACCUUUUUUUGCGUCGGUGGCCUACAACAAAUAUACUAAAACUGAACACCAUGCGGGUGGAGAGCUCGAUUUAGUUGGUGAUAAGAAUCAGAAGCUACAGGAGAAGUUACUUGAAUACCUGAAGCAGCAGCCAGCGUGGCAAGCUUCUGACGGGUGUGACCACAUCCUUGUCAUGCAUCAUCCAAACAGCAUGCACGCGAUGAGAGAUUCUUUCCGCAAUGUGUUGUUUGUGCUCGCAGAUUUUGGCCGCUAUCCCCCUGAUGUAGCUAAUGUGGAGAAGGAUGUUGUUGCUCCAUACAAACAUAUAAUUCCUUCUUUUGAUAAUGACUCUAGUUCGUUUGAAGACCGCGAAACUCUUCUGUUUUUUCAAGGAACAAUUGUCAGGAAACAGGGUGGUGUCAUCCGACAGCAGCUCUACGAAAUGUUGAAAGAUGAGGAAGGGGUACAUUUUGAAGAAGGAUCUAGUGGUAGUGAAGGCGUUCAUAGUGCAACUUCGGGCAUGAGGGGAUCGAAGUUCUGCCUCAAUAUUGCUGGAGAUACUCCUUCCUCUAACCGCCUAUUCGAUUCUAUUGCAAGCCAUUGUGUUCCUGUUAUCAUCAGUGAUGAUAUUGAGUUGCCAUUCGAGGAUGAAUUGGAUUAUUCCGAAUUUUGUGUCUUCAUCAAGUCAGAAGAUGCCCUCAAAGAAAAAUAUGUCAUUAAUCUCUUGAGAAGCAUUACUAGAGUUCAAUGGACAUUUCUAUGGAAGAGGCUGAAAGCUGUGGCUCGUCACUUUGAGUAUCAGCACCCCACCAAGCCUUAUGAUGCUGUAAAUAUGGUAUGGAGAGCAAUUGCUCGUAGGGCACCCUCUGUGAAGUUGUUACUUCACAAGAAAAGGCAUUUCUUAAGAUCCCUCCAAAACUGAAAGCAGGAAAGCAAAAGUCCGGAUAUAGUAACACAAGUACCUUGAUGUGUGAUCGGCAGCGCAUUCUUUCUUGUUGACUUUUAAAAUCAGCAACAAUUAUUGCUAUUGGUUACUCAUAGGACCAUUCAAAAGUAGUACAAUUUGAUGAUUCAGCGUGGUCGUUUGGGGCUGAAGAAACUAGUUUUGCUCUGUGUGUGUGAAUGCAGCUUAUUUUUAGUUAAUGAUUUUUUUUUAUUUUUUUAUUUUUUUAGAAAUGUUAAACACAUCUAUUUCUCAAGUCAUUACCUAUAUUUACUUUGGUAUAUCUCCUGGCAGAGUUAAUUUGUAAUUCUACCGUAGUGUAUGCUAACCUAUAAGUGUUCAAGGUGUUUUGACAGUUUCGAAGACCUGUUAUAAACGUUAUGUUUGAAACUUAAGUUUCACAAUAAGAUGUGUAUUCAAUAAUAGAA